AUGGGUCGCAAAACGGGGCCGCAUAUUUCGCUCGAAGCGCAACUGCAGCAGCUGACGCUGCUGAGUGACCUAGAAUCCAACACCGAGAAUGUUGAGCAGCUUGGCCCGAUUAUUAAACGCCUCGACGUGGCGCAGCAACAGGACGAGUUCCUGCGGCACUUGCGCAAGUUUGUGCGGCAAAAAGACGAGGAGAUCGAGGUGGUAUGCAACGAGAAUCACGAAGAGUUUGUCUCCUCUGUGGACGACUUGCUUAUUGUGCGGUCCGGGUCGGUCAGCUUGAAGCAUAGGAUCAACGAGUUGAACCAGGAAAUUCAGAGCAGCGGCAAGACGCUAAGCACCAAGAAGCGCGAAUUGAUUGAAAAGAAAAAGACUGGACAGAACAUUGAUGAAGCGAUUGAGACGCUGCAGGAUUGUAUGAAUGUGCUGGAGAUGAAUAUCUUGGUAGAAGAACUGAUAUCACAAGGCAAGUACUACUCCGCACUGCGUCGUUUGGAUGAGCUCGGCAAUGUCCACCUGAAGCCUCUGAUGCACCAUGAGUUUGCGCGCAUGUUGCGCGACUUGAUUCCCGAUACUCGUGAGCGUAUAAGGCAAGAACUUACCAAGGAGCUCAAAGGUUGGAUGUUUGACGUGCGCGAAAAGAGCGGUAACGUAGGCCGUAUUGCGCUGGAAACCAUGGUUACCCGCCAACAACGCUGGCGACACAAGAGCCAAAAGGAUCCCAUGCUGCGUAUGUCUGCGAUCAACAGCCCCAUUGAACAGGUCGUGAACGAGCGGAUCGAAGUCGAUUUCCUCAACAAUGAGCAUGUACAGGUCGACUUCAAACCUCUAUACCAAUGUAUUCAUAUUUACGAAGUCUUGGACCAGCGUGAAAAGCUACAGGCACACUACCAAGAGGACCGGAAAGCACAAGCAAACCUGCUUCUUUCGCAGGACCUUGUGAUCCGAAAAGGGGGAAAAGAGCUCAUGGCGCUUUUGGAAGAGAUUGUUGGCUACUUUGUAGUAGAAAGCCAUGUGAUGCAUACCUCCCCUCCGGGAUUUCGCCCACUCACAGAAGUCGAAGAUCUGUGGGAGACGAUAUGCGAGCGUGUGGUCGAGAUGGUCAAGUGGGGCUUGCGUGACUGCACAGAGGCCAAGGCGUUUGUGGAGUCCAAGUCUGCAGUCCAAACAUUUAUCCGCACGAUGGAGAGCUUGGAAUUCAACGUGACGCGGCUAAAUGCGCUUCUGAUGAACCUGUUUACGCGCUUUGCACAGCUCUUGCGGAAUCGCUUUGCAGUGGACUUCCAGCAGGCCGUGCAAGAGGCACAGCACCAACCGAUGAUUGUAAAUGACGCGGACGAGCUUGGAAAGGUGUUUAGUGUCUGUUGGCUCAAGCAGGACGAAAUCGAUGCGCUCAAGCGCUUGCCAUUUCCGCUCUCGCUGCCCUUUUCGCAGACCUACCCACUAUGUUGUAUGGACAUUCGCAACCUUGUGGAGCAGUACUACAACUUCUCCAGUGGCUUCACCCAACACCACCGCGAGAUUGACGGCAUCCUGAAGCAGUCACUCGACGAGUUGCUCGUGGAGCAGAUCAGUGUGAAUAUUCGAACCACGGUAGAGCAGUCGCACAACCUGAGCCAAAUCGCGCAAAUCAUUGUAAAUGUCGAGCAUUUCCAGCUUGCAUGCCGUGAGCUCGAAGUGUGGCUUGCCAAUUCGCGCAAUCCUGGCCGGGGCGGCAAGCUGGAUCUCGAAGCAUCGAUACACCUGCAAGGCACGCUGGAAAUCGCUCAGAAACGUAUUGAUACUGCGCUCUUUGUUAAACUGGAUCAGUUUUUGGACCUGGUAGAAUACGAUUGGACACCAACCACCAGUCGGCAAGGCACGCAACACGCCUCGGGCUAUCUGCGCGACUUGCUCGACUGGCUGACAACGAUGAUGGACAGUGCACUUGUGCUCUUGCCACCCGAUGCAAAAGCAGCGACGUUCAAGUCUUGUUUUAUGCACAUCACGAAUCGACUCUUGAACUCAGUGCUACUCGACAAAGAACUGAAGCUGAUCAAUAUGAAUGGCCUAAUCAACAUGGAGAUGGAUGUGACCUAUCUGUACCACCAUGCCAAGGCACUACAUAUCGAGGGCAUGGACAGUGUUUUUGGGCAGAUCAGGCAGACGCUCGCAGUGAUUCUAUCCGAAUCCGUAUCCGAAUAUGCGCUCUCGCCUCUGGCCCGCAACCAAAAAUUCCCCCAAGCGCAGCCUGUCAAAGUUGCGAAUAUCCUCGAAAAGCUCGUCAAAUACUAUUCCCAAGUUCCGGGCGAGCAUGAGUACGCAAACAAGCGACUGCGCGAGCGCGAUCUUGUCUCGCGUCUUAUUCGCAAGUAG